AUGGCCUUCACUCCCGUCGAGUCUGGUGUGGGCGGCCUGCUGAUCGGGCUGUCGGCCGCACUUGCAUACCUGGGGGACGGCAAGAUCACGGGAAUCAGCGGCAUCGCGGGGCCCUUCUUGCGGGGGGUCGGAAAGUGCCAGCCAAUGAAGGAUGGUCAACUCUGGAAGGCUCUUUUCCUGGUCGGGCUGGUCAGCGGCGGUCUUCUGAACUUGGCCUUCAACCGAGACUUCGCUUAUCCUCAGGCCUUGAACAUCCCGGUGGCGAGGUACUGCUUGGGCGGCGUCUUCGUUGGCAUCGGCACCAGAGCAGGCCGCGGUUGUACCAGUGGCCACGGCAUCUGCGGACUUCCGCGCCUUGCGCCUCGAAGCUGGAUUGCGGUGCCGACGUUCAUGGGCGUAGCUGCUGUAACCGUGGCAGUGACCAGGCAUGCAGCCCAGCUUGAUGCCAGCGGUCCAUGGGGAGUUGCGGAGCUCCAGUGGCCACCCAAGUGGGAGUUCCCUCUUGCGGCAGCUUUGUCCAGCUUGGCACUAGCUGCUCUGGCUUUGUUCUUGCCGUCCAAGCCUCGCAGCUUCGUGUCGCCGCUGGCGUGUGGGAUGAUCUUCGGCUUGGGCCUGGGCGUCUCAGGCAUGACCAGUCAAGCGAAGGUCUUGGACUUCCUGGACUUUGGCGGUACCUGGGAUCCGAGCCUGGCCUUCGUGAUGGGCUUGGGGCUUUGCGUCUCCUUCCCGGCAUUUCUGGUUGCAGAAAACGAGGACAGGAAGCCUCUCUGCGGAGAAGAAUGCAAGUUCGAGCGCCCGUCCAAAACCGGAGACUACGGAUCGCUGGUGCUAGGUGCCACGUUCUUCGGGCUCGGAUGGGGCAUGGUCGGCAUCUGCCCCGGACCUGUGCUGGCAGGCAUGAUCCCUUACCUCGUCGGAGGUUGGGGCCCUGGCCUUUCCUUCGGCCUUUGUGUAGUGCUGAUCCUGGCUUCGUGGUUGGUGACGGACCGUGUCAUCAGCUAUGUGAACUCACAGCAGGCUACAGAGGUCAACGUAGUGAAAGUAGUCCCGGCUGUGGCGGACGAGCAGGCCUGA